AUAUGGUGGUUAUUUCCUCCUUCUUCCUUACUUUUUUUGAAGGGGAAGAACGGGGAAAUUCCUUUUGAUAUCAGAGAAAAAGAUUUGGAUCUGGAAGUGCAAGCUCUGGGAACGAUCAAGAUCUUACAACAAGUAGGUGACAUUUUGUUCGUUCCUAGUGGAUGGUAUCAUCAAGUCGUCAAUGUGGAUUUUUGUAUAUCAAUCAAUCACAACUUUCUCUCUUCCCCUACUCUCCUCAACGUUUUUAGAGCAUUGGAAAACGCUCAAUCCGACGUGGAAGAUUCUCUAGAAGAUGUUAAACGAAUGAUCAUCUCCCGUCAUUCCGGAUAUGUGGAAGAAUGGGAAAAAGAAUGGAUUCAACAAGUUCAAGAUAUACUUCGGUUGGACGCAGGAUGGAAUUGGUCAGAUUUCUGGGAUUGUGUAUUGCGUAACAUCUCCGAUUCUAUGGACGAAUAUGAACCACCAAAGGAAAUGAGGGAUGAAUGGGUGAGAGAAGUGAUAAGUUUGUAUAGGACGAAAAGGGAAUGGAAAGUUUUAGAUGAUGUAAGGGAGAUGAUCAGACGGGUUGGGGGAGUAGUUGGGUACGAGUAG